UCCAACAAAUACACAUUUUUACCCACCCAAGCGCAGGGUCACACUUCGCGUGAAAUCAUAUGAUCGAUUUGCAGUGAAAAUUUUCAGACGUUGGGCAGAAGGCAAAAGCACGGUUGUACGUGGACUUCUACGAAACACUUGAAUUUCCUUUCGGUUCGGUUUGUGCAAGUGAAAAAAUCAGUCAAGAUGGCACUGAGCGAUGCAGAUGUACAGAAACAGAUCAAACACAUGAUGGCGUUCAUUGAGCAGGAGGCCAAUGAAAAAGCCGAGGAGAUCGACGCCAAGGCCGAGGAGGAGUUCAACAUCGAGAAGGGACGCCUCGUCCAGCAGCAGCGCCUCAAGAUCAUGGAGUACUACGAGAAGAAGGAGAAGCAGGUGGAGCUGCAGAAGAAGAUCCAGUCCUCCAACAUGCUCAACCAGGCUCGCCUGAAGGUGCUGAAAGUGCGCGAGGACCAUGUGAGCAGCGUGCUGGAUGAUGCCCGCAAGCGUCUCGGCGAGGUCACCCAGAAGCAGUCCGAAUACCAGACUGUGCUGACCAAGCUUAUCGUCCAGGGCCUGUUCCAGGUCAUGGAGCCCAAGGUCAUCUUGCGCUGCCGCGAGGUCGAUGUUCCCCUGGUCCGCGAUGUCCUGCCCAGUGCUGUGGAGCAGUACAAGGCCGGGAUCCAACAGAACGUCGAUCUUUUCAUCGACGAGAAAGACUUCCUCUCUGCUGAUACCUGCGGCGGUGUUGAGCUGCUGGCCCUGAACGGACGCAUCAAGGUGCCCAACACCCUGGAGUCCAGAUUAGAGCUCAUUUCGCAGCAGCUGGUGCCCGAGAUUCGUAACGCCCUCUUCGGCCGUAACGUCAAUCGCAAAUUCACCGAUUAAAUUCUUUAAGUGCAAAACAAAACACAACUAAUCAGAAAGAGAACCAGCAUCAACACCAAUCCAGCAGGAACAGUUCAAGUUAUUACUACAGAAGCUCCACCCACUAAAUAUUGAACCCAAGUAAACUCAUCCUUUGGCAGUCAGGCAACAGCUAGGAUUAUAUUCGAUUUCAAAAUACUUUUGCCGUUGUCUUUGUAUAGGGAAACUGAAACACUCAAGAACAUUUCGGUCCUUGUGUAUGCAACAGUUAUAUGAUACCCACACUAAACACACAUAUAUAUACUCCGAUAUAUAUGUUUGUAUGCCAAUACUUACUAUAUAGUUUAGAGGACACGAUCCUAGGAGCAUACGAAAGCAUAAUACGAGUUUGUUAAAGUUUGUUCGUUUUUUUUUACAUAUGCACAUAUUUCUGAGCAGUAGGUCAAGGCAUGUGCUUAUAUUGUAUACAUACACUUUAAAAUUUUGCAUACAUUCCUGUCCAAGAAUUUUGUUUUCAAAUUUGCCCUCUUUUACGUUGUUUUUUGUACAUUAAUUUCUGUCGUCUGUAGUCUUUGUUGAAGUUUUAUAUGUCUAUGUCGUUUAUGUUUGUAAUUAUCAAGUGCAGCGAUUAGGAGGAACAA